UUACCCAUGUAUAUCAGUAUGGUUUUCUGCAAACAUUCCAACAACAAAAGCGAAAACUUAGUUCAUUUACAGAAGAAUCUGUUUGCUUUCUCCAUUUUUAGCGAACAAUUAGUACGAAGUAAUCAGGAAAAAUGACGAGACCUGAUCAAGAAGCGAUCGACACUUUCAUGAGUAUUACCGGCGUUUCUGAAGCCACCGCUAUUCGAAAACUUGAGGAACAUCAUGGCAAUCUCAAUGAAGCUGUUGAUGCACAUUUUAGUGAAGGCGAUAGCGACCCAAUUCAAGCAGCGCCUUUAACUGCUCCUCAAGAUGGCAUAAUGGAUGUGGAUGACCCAAUACCAUUCGAGUCCCAUAGACCUCUUUCUUCUCUUUUCCCUUUUGCCACGGAUUUGAAUCCUUUCUCUCUCCUCAAUCCCAACUUCACCAGAAGUUUAUUUGAUAGUGGUAAUGCAGCAGCUCGGUCACCUUUUAUCUCACAUCCAAGAGAGGUGAGGGAGAUUCCAAUUGAGGUGAAAGAUGAUAUUAGAGAGUCCGGUCAUCCUGGUGGUGCGCCCACCAUUGAAGACGUCACUGAAACUGCGCAUGUCCAUGACCCAGAAGUACGUGGAACUGUUAUCAUAGAUGAGGAAGAUGAUGAUCAUGAUCAUGAUGACAAGAAAAGUUCUCCUGACCCACUAGUUACACAUGCUGAUGGACUUGGCUCUCGAGAUAGCUCCACAAAUUCAGGACCAGGCGGUCCCACUAUUAUGGAAGUGCCUGACUAUGAGAAUGAUAUAGAAGACGAAAUGCUAAGAGCAGCCAUUGAGGCUUCCAAGCAGGACACUGCAAUGUUAAAUCAACAAUCUGAUGAACAUCUUGAUCUUAGAGAUUCUGUUCCACAGCCUGGACGGUCUUACUUGGAAAAUGCUUCACUAGCACAUGCAGUUUCCUUGUCGUUGCAGACUGCAGAGCAAGGAAAAGUGCUCAGGGAACUAGAAAGGAAGGUUGGAGCCUCAGAAGUAGAAGGGUUGAAAUCAGCUGCACCAGAAAGGACGGAAAAACUGCCGUCAAAUGGAUGGCAAUCUCGGGUUGAAGUUGGGAACACAUCCCUGGAAGAUGAAACUGAAGAUGUAGAAGAGCUGCCUCUUGUUAGACAUAGAAGGAGAUGUGUGUCAACAGGUCCUACCAGCACCGCCAAAAAUAUUGAAGAUAUUGAGGUUACUGCAUCUUCAAGUCCUCUGUGCCAUGAUAGUAUUCAUCAUUUGCAGCAUGAUGGAAGUGAUUUACCCUCUGAUGAGUGGGGUGGCAUCUCAUCCGAGGAACAUGAUGAAGCUUUAAUGCUUGAGGCUGCAAUGUUUGGUGGUAUCCCUGAUGGAAGUGGGCAUCGUUUCCCUCAUGCAAGUCAUCAGCUUAUACAGAAUGCUUUAGGCACAUCUAUGGGUCAUUUCUCCAGGCGUACUGCUCGUCCUCCAUCACCUUCUCUUGUCGCUCAACGAUUGAUCAGAGAACAACAGGAUGAUGAAUAUCUUGCUUCCUUACAAGCUGACAGAGAGAAGGAAUUGAAGGCCAAAGAAGAGGCUGAAGCUGCAGAGAGACGCGAGGAGGAUGAAUUGCGCAGGAAACUUCAAGAGGAAAAAGAAACUGAGACACAAUUGACUGCAAAAGAAGCUUCCCUUCCUCAGGAACCAACACCAGAUGAUGAGAAUGCUGUUACACUUCUUGUACGGAUGCCUGAUGGAAGUAGGCGAGGGCGAAGAUUUCUUAAAUCAGACAAGCUACAGUGUCUCUUUGACUUCAUUGAUGUCGGCAGAGUGGUCAAACCUGGCAGUUACAGAGUGGUGAGGCCUUAUCCUCGACGUGCUUUUAGUGAUGGAGAGAGUACCUCAACUCUCCACGAAUUGGGUCUGACCAGCAAACAAGAAGCCUUGUAUCUGGAGUUGAUAUAGUCUUUAUGUAGGCUUACUUUGUAAAGUUUCUAAGGAUGCAGGCUGAACUGUGCCAAUUUACCCAUACUUUCAUAGUACGUCGCUUUUGGUUGAGUGAUAUUAGGGCUGGUUCUUAUAAAUUGAUUCAGAGGCAUCUGAUGAUUCUUGCUCAUGAAUUUAUAGAACCUCAUUGGUGUAGACAUGUAAUCAGCUGGAAAACGAUCCUUGACUGCACUUUCUAUAGUUGUGGUAAAUGUAUAUAUUUGCCGAUCCCUGGUCAAAGGUUAGAGCAUCGCUGCACUAUUGCUAUUAGUUUACUAUAUGCUUGUCGUGAAGAUAAUUUUUAUGCUGGACUUGUGGUGUCCGCCUCCUAACACUUCUCGCACGCCCUAGGUUUACAUAUGAUAACAUCAAAGAGUGUUGGAACAGAUUUAUUUCGGUUGAU